GUAUGUCUCUGGAUUGGAAAAGACAAUUUAUUAUUUAUUAAUAAAGUACGAAAUGUUUUGCGCGAAAAUAUUGAGUACGAAUUGAAAUUGUUCGUGUCUGCGGGUGGCGGUUUCAGUUUAGCAAAGAAAAGACAUAAACACUUUAUUCAGUGGAUACCUGUAAGGAACUGGUGAAAUGAUCAAGAAAGCUGUUUGUGAGAUAUGUAAAGAGGUGGAACAUAAAUACAGAUGUCCUCAGUGCAAGAUUGUAUAUUGUUCGUUACCAUGUUAUAAGACACACAAAGAGGGUUGUAAUAAAAAGGAGGUGAAAGAAGAACAAACUAAAAUUGAAGAUUUAACAGAAACCUCUGAAACAUUGGUUCCAGAGUUUAUGUUAGAUGAUGAUCAGUCAGAAGAUAGAGUCAGUAUAGAACAAUUACAAUGUCUAGAAAACUCAGAAAAGUUAAAAGAUAUGUUAAGCAAUCCACAUCUGCGUCAACUGAUGACAUCACUAGUGCAUUCUGGGAAUGCUGGUACUCAGCUUGAGAAGGCUAUGCAGGAACCAAUCUUUACCGAAUUUGCUGAUACUUGUUUAAAUAUAAUAGAUAAUAAAACCAACUCAACUUGAAAUGAAA